AUGGGUAAAGACAGCGAGCGGAAGAGCUCGACCAAGGACUUGAGACAACUAAUCUUCCCAAGCAGCAACCCUCAGUGGGUGGACGAGCUACGCAAAGAAGACUUGAAAAAGCUAACCGAGAUAUUCCACCUAGGCAAACCAAAUGACAAGACCGAAGACAAAAUCAGGCGCCUCAUCAGUGAUCUGCCCAAAGGCAUGCGCCGUGAGCGUUUAUCCCGCAAGAACAACGAGCUGUGUGACGUACACCAAGGCCUCAACGCCGAGUUCAUGUAUGACCUCCACCACCUCGUGCAUCGCGAAGUCUGUCAUCACCUCCUCCGAUACGAAGCAUACCCAGAGCUACAGAAGCCCAUUGACGCAGUCAUUAUAAAGAGGCUGCAAGCUAUGCGGGGAAUGUGGACAAAGUACGACAAGAGAGAAGCAGAGUACGAGACUGCGUGGAAGUUCGAAAGUAGUCGUUGCCAGGGAUGUAUGAUCGGUCGAGUUGCAACCGACAGAGACGCACUGCGCAAUCUGCGCAUUGCGAUCCUGGCUCGCACCCAGACUCGAAAGAAGCAUAUCCCGCGUCGACUAAUGAGUUUCGUCGAUGGAUGUAUCGAUCGGUUCCCGAACGAUAUGGUCGAGAUGUACGAUACGUCCAGUCACUUCGCUUUCAUCAUGAAAGCGACACGCAAAGCGUGCACCAAGACAAUGGAAGCGCAGCAUGGUCGGAGACGUCGUCGUCCGAAAGUACGUCACCACCGUGAUCCGAGGAAUCAGGGUGACGACGAGCCGACCAGCCACUGGAGCGAAUCAGACACGAAUUCAAGCAAGGGAAGGCAGGCCGCACAAGGCCAAGCCCCGCGGUCGAUUCACGAGCCUCAUCCUGCCGACAGUGGAGGUCAGACGGGAUCGAAGAGCAGUUUGGAUCCGUCCGAUUCGCCACACCUUCGGAAGUUCGUUCUGAACGGGCAAGCCAGAGCGAGUGCAGGGUCCUCUGAAGUUGAGAAGCUUACGAAGCUUGUCGCGGAUCAGAUCGAGAGUUUCCAGGAUAGCUAUUAUCCUCCGGCUGGGGCGUCAUGGAAGAAGAGUAGCGUUCCUUCGGAGGCGAUUGAUGCUGUUGAUGAGAUGACUGAUAUGUAUCGCAACAUGGGGAUGAAUCCGUAUCGUGAUUACCAAUCUGAUGACUCUGAUGCAGAGUAUGAGAGUUGUGAGGAGAAAGAAGGGCCGAAUCAUCCUCAUGCGCCUGAGAACUUGGCGGCUGCGAUGGAUACCUGGAGCAUGCUCUGCAACAAGGAGAAAGAUUGA